AUGGCAUCCUUUGCCCGCAUGGUCAAGGGCCAAGUGCGAUGCUACUCCGCACCGCUGGACAUGGCCAUUCCCGCCUCUAAGCAGCGCUACAUCCCCACGAGCGGCUCCUACCCCCAGGGCUUCCAGGUAUCUGGCACUCACGUGGGUGUCAAGGCCUCCAACACCCGAUUCCCGGAUUUGGCUCUGAUUGCCUCGGACACGCCGUGCUCGGCCGCCGCCGUGUUCACCACCAACAAGUUCCAAGCUGCGCCAGUGCAGGUCAGCAAGAAGACACUUCACAGCCGCAAAGGAGAGGGCAUCCGCGCUGUUGUUAUCAACUCCGGAUGCGCCAAUGCCGUGACUGGCAAGGGUGGUCUGGAAGAUGCAGUACAGAUGGGCCGCAAGGUCGAUGAGUGCAAUGGCGUCGAGAACGACAGCUCGCUGGUCAUGAGUACCGGUGUCAUUGGACAACGUCUCCCCAUCACCAAGAUCCUCGACCGCAUCCCAACAGCCCACUCAACCCUCGCCUCAACCCACGAAGCCUGGCUCACAACCGCCCGCGCAAUCUGCACAACAGACACUUUCCCCAAGCUCAUCUCGCGGACCUUCACCCUCCCCUCCUCGCCAAACCUCACCUACCGUCUAGCAGGCAUGACCAAAGGCGCAGGCAUGAUCCACCCAAACAUGGCAACCCUCCUCGGCGUCCUGUGCACAGAUGCUCCCGUCGAAGCUGCAGCCCUGCAACCUCUCCUCAAGCACGCCGUCUCCCGCUCUUUCAACUCAAUCUCCAUCGACGGCGACACAAGCACAAACGACACAAUCGCCGUGCUAGCCAACGGCGCCGCAGGCGGCGAGACCGUCCGCGCCCCUUCAGCCUCUACUCCCAGCGCAGACUACACAGCCCUGCAAAGUGUCUUAACAGACUUUGCGCAGGAACUCUCGCAGCUCGUCGUCCGUGACGGCGAGGGCGCUACCAAGUUCGUUACUGUCCGUGUUACCAACUCUCCUGACUAUGAGUCUGCCCGCCAGAUUGCGUCGACGAUUGCACGCUCCCCGCUUGUCAAGACUGCCCUUUAUGGACGUGAUGCGAACUGGGGCCGGAUCCUGUGUGCUGUUGGUUAUACGCAGGGUGUUGCUGAGGGAACUGUUGUUCCGGAACGGACUUCUGUUUCUUUCCGCCCUGUUGAUGGAAGUGCUGUGUUGAAGCUUCUUAUUAAUGGUGAGCCUGAGUCUGUGGAUGAGGAGCGCGCUAGUGUUAUUCUUCAGAAUGAAGAUCUCGAGAUUGUUGUUGAUCUUGGUGGUGGUGAGAAGGGAGAUGCUGGGUGUGGUGGUGAGGAUGCUGUUUACUGGUUCUGUGAUUUCAGUCAUGAGUAUGUUACCAUUAAUGGUGAUUACCGGACAUGA